GCAUGCAUGUCGAACACCCAGUCACAUCACCAACUCCAAUGAAUAUGGAAUUGCUGGCGAUCACACCACUAACAGUGUCCCAGCAUCCUUGUGCUCAAUAUGGAUUCAAUGGCGGAUGUUCACACGUCUGCGUUGCAAUGGGCAAAACAACACAUGCUUGUCUAUGCACACCGGGAACUGUGUUUGGCGAUGCAAAAAACACCACAUGCGUACCUGUAGAAAUGUGCAAUUUUCGAUGCGGAUCGGGUGAAUGCAUAACAGAUGCGGAAAGAUGCGAUGGAGUUAAAAAUUGCCAGGACUCGAGCGAUGAAGAUAGUUGCAAAGAAAAGAAGAAGUUCGUAACAUGCGCACCAAAUGAAUUCACCUGUCUCGAUGGAACCAAGUGCAUUGAUCGUAAAAUGAGAUGCGACCAAAACUAUGACUGUGGUGAUAACAGCGAUGAGAAGGACUGCAAAGACUAUGACAAAGAAACGGAAUGCCAUCAAAAUCAAUUCCUGUGUCUCAAUGGAGCUUGCAUCGAUUCUAAUCAAUUGUGUGAUGGAUUCAAGGACUGUGCAACUGGCGAAGAUGAGCUUGAAACCACCUGUCGUCAGUCAGAGAGCAGAUCUUGCAACGCUGAAGAAUUUAAAUGCUCAAACAAUCAAUGUAUUCCGACUGCCUGGGUUUGUGAUGGCGCCUUGGAUUGCUCAAAUGAUGAGGAAAAUUGCUGUAAAAAUGGCAAAAAAUCUUCCUAAAGAAUUUUAUUCUGAUGGCUAUGCAUAAUUGAUAUUGAUUCCUUUUUUAAUCGAACUACAUUCGAGAGAUUUUGAAUAUAUGCAAUUGACACGCACAAAGCGAGAGUUCACUUCAUGAAUACUUUUUUAUAACUAAUAUGGAAAAAAAACUUUGAGCAACAAAGAGACAAAUACAGUUGCGAGCAAAUCAACUCAAAAUGCUGAUAUGUGUCACUUUUGCUCGAAGUUUUGUUUGUUUAUUUUUUGGUCAAAGUUGUAUCUGUCUCAGUUAUUGAAUCAAUUCUUAUAAGUCUAUCGCUUGUUUUCAUCGUGCCAAUUUUAUUUCGUAUGUUUUGAGUAUCUAUGAAACAAAAGUACAUGAUUCAAAUAUAUUUACAAAUAUGAUUCCAA